ACCGUAAACUUACUGUAGCAAAUUAUUCCCUUGCAGCUGCAUAAACACAGAUAAAAAAAAAAAAGAGUAAAAUAAGAAAAAAAAAAAAAAAAUUAAAAAACAAUUUCAGUAAAGUUAAUCUUGUUGUUGUUGUUGUUGUGUUUAACAGGUGUCAAUAAAAAAUAUUAUUUGGCAAGUGUCACACUAUUUCAAUAACAAAACAUAAAUAUAUUUAAAUUUUUAAGUUUUUUGGAGUAAUAAAUUCGAGUAGAAUUUAGGAAAAUUGUUAGAGAGAAAAACAAAUAAAAGUAUCUAUUUGCGGCACAGGGACAAACACAAUACACACAUAAAGAGAGAAAGAGAGAGGAAAAAAAAUAUCAUCAACACGCAGGCGCUUUGAUGCGAUCUUGAGAAUCGAGAAACGAUAAAGAGCCCAGCCAUUGGGAACACAGUCUGUGACUUUGUUGCUGAUAAAUUCAAUAAUAUUAUUAUUCAUCAUCAUCAUCACCUCUACUUCCACCACAUCAUCAUCAUCAUCAUCAACAUUAUCAACAAUUAAAGUUUAUCAAAAUGGGAAACGAAAAUUCAUUGCCCAUGGAACUAUGUUCAAAUUUUGAUGCUGAUGAAAUUAGAAGACUUGGAAAACGUUUUAGAAAAUUAGAUCUUGAUAAUAGUGGAGCAUUGAGUAUUGAUGAAUUUAUGUCAUUACCAGAGCUUCAACAAAAUCCACUUGUUCAACGUGUCAUUGAUAUUUUUGAUGCUGAUGGUAAUGGUGAAGUUGAUUUUAAAGAAUUUAUACAAGGAGUUUCACAGUUUAGUGUCAAAGUAGCAAAUUCUGGAGACAAAGAGAGUAAAUUAAGAUUUGCAUUUCGUAUUUAUGAUAUGGAUAAUGAUGGUUUUAUCAGCAAUGGUGAAUUAUUCCAAGUAUUAAAAAUGAUGGUUGGUAAUAAUUUAAAAGAUACACAACUUCAACAAAUUGUUGAUAAAACUAUUUUAUUUGCUGAUAAAGAUGAAGAUGGAAAAAUUAGUUUUGAAGAAUUUUGUUCUGUUGUCGGUAAUACUGAUAUUCAUAAGAAAAUGGUUGUUGAUGUAUAAUCAAUUAAUUAACAAUCUAGAAUUAAUUUAAAUAAUAAAAUCUAAAAAAAAAAUAAAAUGUAAAAAUUUGAAGAUAAUGCUGAGCAUCUUCUUCUAUGCAUUGAAUAAUUUUUAAGCACGAGGAAACAAAUAAUAAUAAUUAAAAAUGAAUAUAAGAUAAUGAUAAAUUCACUUGGAUAAUUUCGAAUAAUUCAAAAAGUAAAAAAAAUUAAUUAAAUUAAAUUUUUAUCACACAAUUUUCACGAUUAUAUAAAAAAAAACUUCCUCUCUUUUUUGAAAGCACAAAAAAAUUAUGAUAACAAAUAUUUAUAAAGCUAUUAUCAAUACGAUUUCUUGAUGACGAAAAAUUUAAUUUAUUCGUAAAAUUAAUAACUUAUUUUGUAUGAUUUUAAUUAACUUGGUUUAUGCUUUUGUUAUUUAUUGAGUUUAGGGCACAUAAUGUGCAUUAAAAAAAAAAUAAACAAAACAAUAAGAUCGUUUUCCAUUUAGAUUUAAAUGCGUGGUGCAAUAAUCAUGACUUAAAAAAAAAAUGCAAUAGUAAUUUGAUUAAUUAAUUUAUAAUUUAUUAUAUUUCUUCUAUGGCUUUUUUGUUUUGUUAAAUAAAAAUAAUAAUUGAAAAUAUUUAUCAGGGCCAUUAAAUGGACUGGCCAAAUGUCUUUCAGAUCUGUAAUUAAUAUAAUAAAUUUUUCGUCGAUAUAUAAUUGUUUAAAAUAAAAUAAUAAAUAUAUCUCAA